AUGACCUGGGGUACCCGAGACGAGUCCGCGCGAGACGAAGGACGAACGACACGCACCGACGACGGGGGACCUUGUCCAGCGCAAUCAGCCCGCGCGCAAGCGAAAACGAGCGGACUACAAGGAUCAGCAGAGACAUUCCGACGAGUCGGGCUCGGAAGGCGACGACGCCCCCAAGAAGAAAAGAAAAAGCUUGAUAAGAAUGGCUUCCCCGAGCGACCGCGAGAUAGCAAUGUCGUCCACUAUCCUGUGUUCAAGGCCAAGCCUUUCAGCGAAGUUGCUCGCAAAUUUUCCAUCCCAGAGAUGAGAACCAAGGACGGCGCAGUUGUUCUUGUUACGCCAUCCAAUGCUGCUCUUGGUAUCCGUCCGCUCGCAAACAUCAUCCCACGACCGCUGCACGAUCCUAUGGAAGACCAUGCGAUUGUCCUUUAUGAUCCAACCCGAGAGAAGGAGGAGGCGAAAGAGAAGGCUGCUCAAGAGGCUCGCGAAAAGACUGCAGGCAUGUACAACCCGCAUAAGAGCCUGAAGGAGCUCCUCGGCGGCGGCAAGGAGAAGAAGAAACACAACGACAAGGUCGCCGUCGUCAUUGAUCCCCGUCUGUGCAAGGUCCUACGACCACAUCAAGUCGAGGGCGUCAAGUUCUUGUACAGGUGUACGACCGGCAUGGUAGUCGAGAAUCAGUACGGAUGCAUUAUGGCUGACGAGAUGGGUCUUGGCAAAACCCUUCAAUGUAUCGCCCUCAUGUGGACCUUGCUAAAGCAGUCCCCGCACGCGGGCAAGGGUACCAUCGAGAAGUGCAUCAUCGCGUGCCCGGCCAGUCUCGUGAGGAACUGGGCAAACGAACUUGGUAAAGCGGAGAUGCUGGAACGGGUCGCGCGAUGGGUCGCCGCAGGAGGUAGGAGCGUGUCCCAACCAGUCAUGAUCGUCUCGUACGAGACUCUACGCACGCUUUCUGUACACCUCGCGAACUGCGUCAUCGGGUUGUUGCUGUGCGACGAAGGACACCGGCUGAAAAACUCUGAGUCCCAAACGUUCCAGGCUCUGUGUGGCCUUAACGUGAAGCGACGUGUCAUCCUGUCAGGUACCCCCAUUCAGGUUCGUCUAGUAUUUCUCCCUUCUGAACUUUGCGAACCCGAACUUCUGGGCUCGAAGAACGACUUCAGGAAGAAUUUCGAGAAUGUAAUCAUCCGAGGGCGCGAUGCCGAUGCGAGCGAUGCCAUGAAGGCAGAGAGUGAGAAGAAGCUAAAAGAACUCGGCGCCCUGGUCUCCAAAUUCAUCAUCCGGCGUACGAACGACCUUCUCUCCAAAUAUUUGCCCGUGAAAUACGAGCAAGUCGUGUUCUGUGGCCUCUCAGAGUUCCAACUAUCCCUCUAUCGACUCUUCAUUUCCGAUCAACAUCUUGAAAAGCUUUGCAACCACCCUGAACUACUGGAACUGCCCAAUGAUUUGCGUGGCUCCGAGAAGAGCAAGGGCAGAGACCAGACCGUGCACUGCGAGUGGGGCGGCAAGUUCGUUGUGUUGGAAAGGUUCUUGCAUCGCAUCCGCACGGAGACGAAUGACAAGAUCGUCUUGAUCAGCAACUACACCCAGACGCUCGACCUCUUUGAGAAGCUCUUGAGGAGUAAGAAGUACGGCUAUUUCCGCCUCGAUGGCACACAGACCAUCAACAAGCGCCAGAAGUUGGUCGACCAGUUCAACGACCCCGAUGGAAAGGAGUUCGUCUUCUUGCUGAGCAGCAAGGCCGGUGGAUGUGGUAUCAACUUGAUCGGCGCGAACCGACUCAUCCUCUUUGACCCUGACUGGAACCCUGCUGCCGAUCAGCAAGCAUUGGCCCGUGUAUGGCGUGAUGGCCAGAAGAAAGAAUGUAAGCACCAUCGAGGAGAAAAUUUCCAACGGCAGGCAUCCAAGCAAGCCCUCUCAUCGGCAGUGGUGGACGAGAAGGAGGAUGCCGAGCGCCAUUUCUCCCUCGACUCCCUGCGGAAGCUGUUCCUUUUCAACGAGAAGACAAUCUGCGAGACGCAUGAGACGUUCAAGUGCAAGCGCUGCAAGGACGGGAGGCAGGUCAUCAAGGCACCUGCAUUGUUAUAUGGCGACGCAAGCACAUGGAAUCACUUCACCAACACUGAGCUCAAGAACAAUCACGAUGACCUCUUGCGCGCUGAGGUCGGGCUGCCAGAAGUAUCAUUUGUGUUCCAGUAUAUCAGUCACUAG